UCUGAUGACUUAUUAAGAUCGAGACAAAAAUAGUACUGGCUUUUGUUUGAAUACCUUCCAAGUAUGGAUCGAAAUUGAAAUUCGUUACUAAUGCCAACUCAAGACGUUUGGCGCACGCAACAAAAGGCGGUCUUACUCCGUCACCAAUAUUGAUAAGCUGUUCUAUGAUGAAAAUGAAAUUUUAUUAUUUAGUGACAGGUGAAUGUUCAGAAUGAAUAUUUUAUCCACAAUUUCGUUGUUUUGAAAAAAAUUUCGGUGAAACUCUGCGUUUUAGAAAUCCGAGGUGGAAAUACCCUUGUAUUUUAAAGUAAUUGAAUGGAACUUACUUUUCUGAAAUGAAAAUACUUGACCACUUUUAGUUAUCUGUAAAGAAAAUUUUAAUUUCAUUCCUACCCCACUGGACUGUGAAACAUUUGUUGUUCUCUUAUUUUUUUAUUCCUUGUUCCAGUGUUUUAAGGUACGAAACUGUCGUCCCUCGUCUUUUAUCCAGUUUGUCCUAAAUUUACUAAUGUUGGUUUACAAAGUGUCUUGCUAAAAUAUGUAAAAAUAAAUUUUUCUAUCAGUGUUUCAAAUAUUCAUAUGUUUGUAGUAGGCAUAUUACUUGCAAAGUUUUGACAUGUUUUAGCUUUAAAUAAUAGGAUUUAAACAAAGGUGUUUUGUUCAACAUUUACCCGUAACAAAUGGUUUUUUAAGUAAAAACAAAACUGUAUGAAAAAACUCGAAACCUCAUUAUUCAAGAGGUUCUUAUUAUCUAACGGGUUUGCUAAAAAGUGGAACUCUGCUUGAUGAGCAUUACGCCAAAUUAACUAGUAAAUCUAAUAACCUUCCAAGCCCACUCGAGACGUUAAUAAAACUACAGAAAAUGAGAAAUCGUAGUUUUAUUAGGUACGAUACAGGUAAACUCCAUACAAAAAUCGCUUAGUUUCUACAGCUGUUGUAAUUCAUAUCAUUUUAAACAUAACUGGCCUUGAAGAUAUACUUGUAGAAUGGUCACUUUUGACACUUAUACAAUAAAAUUAAACAAUCAAAGCAAUUAUUAACAGCUAUUUGAUACGUCUAUAACUUAUCCUAAUGUUUUUUUCUUCUACAAGGCCUCACUUGAUAACUAUUUUAAAACGUACAUGAAUUCGCUUGAUGUUAUAAAAACUUAUCCUGUAUUUGAUUUUAGAUUUCACCACAAAAGCUUUGAAGUAUAGUUGGAUUCUUCCUAGGGAACUUUGGGUCUUGUCUUUGCUAACCAGUGUCUGGGUCGGUCAGUAAAACCGUGUUAUGUAAUGCGCGAUCUUUCAAAUGCGGAAAUACAGAGUAUAGCCAAGCUCCAAGCUCAUAUUCGAGGUAUUCUGGCUCGCACAAGGUUCAAGAAAGCUUUACAAAUUUUUCGAAAUAUAGUAUCGGAAUGUGGUGAAUCCGAAGAUAAUUUAAGUCAGUUCCAAUACACGUUUAAUCAUUUUGGGAAGAACAGAACAUGUUCAGUCAACAGCACCAGUACUUCUGAGAAGUUAAAACUUCCUGAGCUGUACGCUCUCAGAAACAAUCUUUUCCUCGAAGCUAUAUGGUUGGAUCAGGCUAUCAACAGUCGUCGUCAUUUUCUGAUGUAUAAACAAGACUUCAAUGCACAUUUCGAUCAAUGAAUGAUGAUUCCUGUGGUGGCAUGUGAACAGAGUUGAUCACGUGUUCGAGGAUUGAGUUUUCGAUCGAUUCCCAUCCCACUUCAGAUAUUCAUGUAAGGUAUUGAAGCAAAGAGGUGAAGAAGAAGAACAACAACAACAACAACAAUCAAAGUAGAAAAGUGUUAGUAGUGUUGAGUAUACAGGAAGUGCUGUACACUAUUAUUAUCUAAUACACGCAAUCAUUUAAAUGGUUUAUUCAAUGCAUACAAUGUAGCAUAUAAAUGUUUAAAACAUUUUGUUUUAUCACAUUUGUUAUAAACAAAAAAAAAAAGAAAAAUAACCGGAUGACAUUCAUUAAUAAUAAUAAUAAUAAUAAUAAUAAUAAUAGAGUUUAUUUAAAAACAAUAUACACAAAUUAAGGUGAACAGUGUGAU